AUGCUGCUGCCGGGAAACGAGUCCUCCGGCUGGGCUCCGGUCCCGGAGUCCAACCGGAGCGAGGCGGCGGAGGGCGGCGGGUCCGGUCCGGAGGCGGUGGUCGUGCCGGUGGUGUUCGGGCUGAUCUUCGUGGUGGGGGUGGUGGGGAACUCUCUGGUGAUGGUGGUGAUCGGGAAGGUGCAGUACGGAGGGGGAGGUGGAGGGGGGGCCAGGCGCGUCGGGAGCCCCACCAACAUCUUCAUCCUGAACCUGAGCGUGGCGGACCUCAGCUUCCUGCUCUUCUGCGUCCCGUUCCAGGCCACCAUCUACUCCCUGCCGCAGUGGGUGUUCGGGGCUCUGCUCUGCAGGUUCGGACACUACUUCUCCACCGUCAGCAUGCUGGUGAGCAUCUUCACGCUGGCGGCCAUGUCCGUGGACCGUUACCUGGCCGUGGUGCGCUCCAACAAGUCUCCGCGCGUCCGGAGCCGCAGGAACGCGCUGAUCGGGAUCUGCGUGAUCUGGACUCUGUCUCUGUUGUUCUCGGUGCCGGUGGCCCAGCACCAGGUCCUCACCGACCACCCCGCCGCCCCCAACAGCACCUUCUGCUGGGAGAGGUGGUCCGGAGGCUCCAGACAGGCGUACAAGGUGUCCAUCCUGCUGGUCGGGUACCUGCUGCCGCUGCUGCUCAUCAGCUGCUGCUACACCAGGGUUCUGUUUCAUCUUCAUAAAAAGAUGAAGAACAUGUCCAAGAAGUCGCAGCGCUCCAAAAGAAAGACGGCCCAGACGGUCCUCCUGCUGGUCUCGGCCUUCACCGUGUGCUGGCUGCCGCACCACAUCGUGGCCCUGUGGGUGGAGUUCGGCUCGUUCCCUCUGAACGACGCGUCCUUCGCCUUCCGGAUCCUGUCCCACUGCCUGUCCUACGGGAAUUCUUGCGUCAAUCCCGUCCUCUACGCCUUCGUGUCCCAGAACUUCCGCCGGGCGUGCAGUCAGGUGUUCUCCUGCUCCAGGUCCCCGCCGCCGGCCCGGGGCGAGUCGGUCCGACUGCGCCGGGAGAACUCCUCCGCCACGCACUCCACCACCAACAUCUGAAGCUCCAGAGGUUCAGGGUUUAGAAUGAGAACAAAGUUUUAAUAGUUUUAUUAAAUUAUUUCUGAUCAUUCUCCUCCAUAAAAAGUGAAACAGAAGCUUCAGAAUGAGUUUUCAUCUGUUUCACUUGUUUGAUAUGAGAUGAUGUUUCAUACUAAAAUCUAAGUCUUUAUUAACCAAACCUGACAGAUCACAGCUACAGAAAUAAUUAAAUAAUGUGUAAUAUGUAGGCUAUACAGUGUGUAAUGGUUGU